CGCACCUUGAUCAAAGGUUCAUAACCUUCCAUAAAAUAUUCCCCAUCAUUGACCCUUCCCAAACCCUUGAGGCCACUCUUCUCACUUUUUAGCAAACAUGGAAGACUUGAUGAAUGCUGGUUCGAAACCGGUACCUAAACCUGAUCCGCAGGCAACAUCGAACACAGAACCGCGAUUUGUGGUCAAAAAGUGCAAUGCGGUAGCCCAGUGGGCUUGGGACAUUCUGGUUGAUAAUUGCGCAAUUUGCAGGAACCAAAUCAUGGAUCGUUGCAACGAGUGCGAAGCCAAUCAAGCUACUAGUACUGCCGAGACAUGUACAGUCGCCUGGGGAACUUGCAAUCACGCGUAUCAUUUCCAUUGUAUCUCCAGAUGGUUGAAAUUAUCUUCAGUGUGUCCCCUUUGCAGUCGAGAAUGGGAAAUUGAAAAGGUUGGCCAAUGAGAAGAAUAUGCUCACCAUCCUGAGCUUAGCAGUCCAGUCAUGCUCCUUGGAUCAGAAAAUAAUUUCAUUUCUUUCCAAGAUUGACCUGUGCACGUAAAAAAUAAUCAGCUGUACAGAUCACAAACAAUGAAAUUUCCAUAACCAUUAACCCAGUCAUCUCAAAAUGAAAGAAAAAAAUAUCAAAGUAUUGCCUAUGACACAACCAGAAUACUUCUGGAAGUAUGAUGGCACGUGUGUGAUGGGUUGCGGGCGACAGGCAAAAUUUGCUUUGUUA